UUUCUUUCCCUCUAUAAAAGCUUCAACAAACCAACUAUUCAACCACACUAUUCAAUAUUUCAGUAACGUACUUUUUUUUUUUGGUGCGAAUGAGCCGCAAGGGCGGGGAUGAGAAUCGAUCACCUGGAAUCGGGAUGAAAGCUCUAACCAACUGAGCUGUCCAUCAUUAUUCAGUAUUUCAGUAACUACUUUGGGAUAGUGAAGUUGUCGCAUUUUCGGCUUUGUUGCUCACUUUCACUUACAAGUUAAAAACGGGCCAGGGAGCGGAUUUGAACUCGCGAUCUGUCGUAUCUAUAGAGGUGGAAGAAAAUGGCUCGUUCAUCUCGCUUCGACGGCCCUAAGUUUUUCAAGGUUUUUCUCCCGGAGCAUUACGCGCGCCAAUUACACAUUUGUUCAAACUUCAAGUCAAACCUAAACUCUUCAAAUGUAACAAGAGAAGCCACCAUAACAAGGCCCGGCACAACCCAACAAUGGAAGGUAGAACUACUAGAAAAAAACACCGAAUUCUACUUCCAAAAAGGUUGGAAUAAGUUUGUAAAGGACAACAACAUGAAAAUCGGAGAAUUCAUGGUUUUCACAUACAAUGGAAACUCAAACUUUAGUGUUAAACUCUACGGCACACAUUGUUGCCUCAAAGAGGACGUUGAAGAAGGUGAAGAAAUUGAUGACGUCACAUUGAUCAAUGAUGACGUGAAAGUGAAUAGGCCAAAAUUAGGGAGGCGUCCAAAAUGGGUUCUUGAAAGUGAAGUUGUUAAGGCAGCCGAAGCUUAUAGGAUGACUCAUCCUGAAAUACCGUCUUUUUUGGUUGGCAUCAGCAUUUGUUAUACUAGCAAUAUGUGCAUACCGAGCAAAUGGGUGAGUGCCCAUUUGAAUAUCACAACAGACGAGUGUUCCAUAACGCUAACCAUACCAAGGUCGGAGAAAGCUUGGUGUGUGAAGAUGAUCACACACCCGCGAUACCGCGACCGGGGUGGCUUGCGUUGGAGGCUAUCGAGAGGGCUUGAUAAAUUCUUUCUUGAUAACAAUAUCCAAAUUGGAGAUGUUUGUGUGUUCAAGCUUGUGGAAGAUCGUCAUUAUACCUUUAAAGUCAUCAUCUUUCAUAAGAGUCACUAUAACUAAUGUCUCUUUAAGUCUUAACUCUUAAGUGUGUACUAACAAAUAUAUAAAGAACCUUGAAUUAGAUUUUAAUUACUUGGAGUUUAAUUUAUUUUCCCUUAUCCUCUAACGUGUUAUGUAACAUGUAACAUAUGUACUUGUAUUAUGUUACAUUCGACAUUAAUUUCAUGUGCUUGGUUUAUUAUGA